AAAAACAAAAGAAAGAGAAAACACAUUAGUGUGUAAUUUGUUCGCUCCUCUCAUUUCUCUCGUAGCAAAUCUGCUGUAAACUCCUAAAAGAGUUGCCAUGUAUAUGAUGAGGUAGUAAACAGUAAAUCCUCAGUUUCUCUUUCCCAGAACUGAAAAAGUGCUUCUCUUUUUUGUAGUUGCAGUGAGAUAUGGCUGAGGGAUUUGAAGCAUAUCAUGUCCCACAACAAAGCAGAAGAGAUAGGCUUAGAGUUUUUGUACAAAACCACCCUUCUGAUUCUGCUGCUGGUUUACUUCCUUUUGUUGACCAUCACUCACUUAUCCCUUCAGAUUUCCUUCUUGUUUCUGAUGCUAAAGAAAAGGGUGUUAAUUUCAUGGAUCCACAAUUAUCAUCUGGUGUUUCUUUUCAAGAAAUUAAUGGCAACCCUUUUCUCUACAGUCAUCAAAACUUUAGGUUUCUUGAUCAAUCUUUCAAUGGUGGUGAUGUUGAUGUGGUAUAUAAACAAGAACCAUUAUCUUCACUAGCUGCUGUUCCUGCGACUAAUAUUAGUAACAAUAAUAUUACAACAGGUCAAGGUUUGUCUUUGUCUUUGUCAUCAUCUCAUCAUUACAACAACCAAAGUAGUAGUAGUAGUAAUCUUCCUCUAGAGCUUAACCUACAAAGAUAUGACUCUUCAAUAUUUACCAACGACAUGUUAUCAAAGAGUAAUGCUACUGUUCCUCUUGGACCAUUCACUGGCUAUGCUUCAAUUCUAAAGGGAUCAAGAUUCUUAAAACCUGCACAACGAUUAUUGGAAGAGAUUUGUGAUGUUGGUAGGGGUAUUUAUGCUGAAAAAUUAGCUGCUAAUGAUAAUUAUGCAGUGAUGGAUCCUUCACUGGAAGCACCUUUAAGUGAUGAUCCCCAAUAUUCAUGUGGUGAUGGAAGUCAUGAGCUCAGGAGGAACAAGUCCAAGUUAAUUUCAAUGCUUAAUGAGGUACCAUUUAUUUUUUUGAGAUUUAAGAUUGGAUGUUUUUGCUAAGUAUCAUUGAAUUAUACUUUACUUUGAAUGUUCAUGCGAGCUUUAUUGAGCUGAGUUUCUCCUAGAAAUAGCCUCUCUAUCUUUACAACCUUCACAAGGCAUGGGUAAGGUCUGCGUAUAUACUAUCCUCUCCGGAUUCACUUGUUGGGAUAUAUUAGGUAUGUUGUUUGUUGUUGUUUCAAUGUUCAUGGGCGGAGCUAGAUUAUUUGGUACGGGUUGGGACUUGGGACGAACUUAAUAAUUUAUAAUCAGAUACUAUAUUUAUUUGAGGAAAUUCAUUAUAUGUAUAAAUAUUUAAUUGUUAACUCAUUAACUAAGAUGAACUAUUUGUUUGACAGCAAGUUGAGAACCAUCAGCUUCAAAUCCUAGCUUUGCUCUGUCAAUAUUUCCUGGGAUUUUGUUUUUCCUCGGAUACAAUUUGUUGUUAGCAAAUUGUCUAAUUUAUAUUUAUCUUUAGCUAUAGAUGACGUGACAGUAUAUAGAGAUUAACUCUUACCAUUAUAUCUUAGGUUUUUGCUCACCGCAUGGUUUGCAGGCUUGGUUUAAUUUCUUCAGAUAUUGUUUCAAUUUCUUUCCUAUGGUACUGCCUUGUUGUCUCUCUAUGAAAACUCUCAAAGUAAUUUCUUGCACGGUAGUUUCUAUGUAACUAAAAGUAGAUUCAUUCUAUAAGGCUUAGAGUUAUCGUUCAAUGUCUGUCCAACAUGCAGUAACC